AUGAUAACGAUGAUAUUCAUCUACUUGGGGGCCAAGGACAACAGCGGGCUGGAGCACAAGCGAGCCGACGACGUGUUCAUCAUGUUCCGUGGCAUGUGGCUGCUCAUCAUCCUCAACUGGUGCUGGGGCAUCGACAUGUACACGUGGACCAAGUAUCGCGUCAGCUACGCGCUCAUCUUCCUCUUCGACAUGCGGUCCCACAUUUCAUGGCAGCAGGUGAUGGAAUCGGCCGCCGUGUUCACAGUCGCGUGGCUGCUGUUCGUGGUGUGUUAUCUGCUCUCGGCCAUCAGUCCGGUGCCGCUGGAGUGGAUGGAUGAAAUCCCCUACCAGGUGUUCCCCGGCUGUCUUGGUCUACUCGUGGUCCUGGUGAUGCUCGUUCAGCAGUCUACGUGCAAGUAUUGGCUGAUACGCCGGCUGACUGACCUGGUGCGCCUCGCGCCCGAAAUCAUCAGAGUGUACAAGAUCAUAGUGUCGCCGGUGGUCGGGGUCGACAAUUUUGUAGACAUCUAUCUCGCCUCGCAGUUGACCUCGCUGGUCAUCUUUCUCCAGGAUGUGCAAUUUUCGGUCUGCUUCUUUGUGAGUGACGCAUGGACCGGCGACGAUAUUUGCAUGCGGUCCCGCCCUUACGCUAUGCCUCUCAUCGCUGCCAUACCAUUUGUGCUUCGCUUCCUGCAAUGCCUGCGCAAGUUCAUAGGGUCGCGAGAGCGCUGGCACAUUGUCAACGGUGGAAAAUACCUGAGCUCCCUCGCUGUAAUUAUUUGUUCGUUCUUCCUCUACUUCUUUGGCCAUCUGGCCUUGCUCGCUCCCUGGAUCGUCGCGGUCGUGGUGUCGGUGGGCUACAACUUCUAUUUCGACGUGCGCUACGACUGGGGCCUGCUCGACGUGAAGUCCAGCAACUGGCUGCUCCGCAACAAGCUGAUUUUUCCUCGCUGGUGGUACUACGUGGCCAUCGCGCUCAACCUGUUGGGUCGCUGCUCGUGGGCGCUCACCGUCUCGGCGUCCUUCUUCCCCACCACCAACAUGAUCUUUUCAACCAUCAUCGCCACGCUGGAAGUCCUGCGAAGGGGACUGGGCAACAUUUUCCGCCUCGAAGACGAGCAACUGUCCUACACGGAAGUGCGCAGGGCGACGCGCGACGUCAAGCGCUAA